GGAGGGGCGGGCGAGGCUGCAGCGGCAGGAGGGCCACGUUCUGGCUGCUGGCACUACGCGCGGAAGACCAUGUCCGGGGGCAGCAGCUGCAGCCAGACCCCAAGCCGGGCCAUCCCCGCCACUCACCGGGUAGUCCUCAGCGACGGCGUGCAGCUCCCCCCCGGGGACUACAGCACCACCCCCGGCGGCACGCUCUUCAGCACCACCCCGGGAGGUACCAGGAUCAUCUAUGACCGCAAGUUCCUGAUGGAGUGUCGGAAUUCACCUGUGACCAAAACACCCCCACGGGACCUGCCCACCAUUCCGGGGGUCACUAGCCCUGUAAGUGACGAGCCGCCCACUGAAGCCAGCCAGAACCACCUGCAGAACAGCCCUGAAGAUAAGCCAGCAGGCGGUGAAGAGUCACAGUUUGAGAUGGACAUUUAAAGGACCAGCCAGCAGAUCGAGCAAUGCCUCUGGGCCUCUCUGGCCCUUCUCCGGAGAAGAGUCACAUCGCCAGUUACCAUCCUGGGCAGGCAUUGGGUGGGGGUCGACCACCCCAGUCCUCUGCUCCCUCAGUCAGGGCACCAGUCCCCCCUUCCUCUUGGUGAACACCAGCAGAUACCUCUUUGUGCCUCCAUUCAUGCAAGAGCUGGCACCCCAAGGGGAGUGACUUUCAAGAGCACACACCCUGCAGCCUGGGGCCAGGAAGUGGACUUGGAGGAGCCCUUCUGAUGACCAUCGGCUCUCUUCCUCUGAGGGCACACCACCCCUUCCUUAAGUUGGUGUGCUUGGGGAAGUCCCCCUCCCCGACUUCCUCAACAGAGGAAAUAAAAGCCACCUUUGCCCUUGGGCCAAAA